CACACUGUUUCGUGACGUUUGUUGCGUGUUCGUUUUAUAGAAAUAAGUUUACAUAGUUAAAUUAGUAAAUAUUACCUAAAUGGUUCGAAUGCAUUCGUUUUAAGUAGUAAUGUCGGAUUCGGAAGGUAGUAACUAUUCGGGGAGUGGGUCCGAGGCAGGCAGUGUUGUAUCAAAACAAUCACAUCGCAGCGCUGCAUCGAAUCGGUCGGCAAGAUCGCGUUCUAUCUCUCGAUCAAGGUCCAGGUCGCGUUCUGGAAGCCGUAGCCCCUCUAGGACUCCAUCCCGCUCACGAUCUAGGUCUCGCUCUAGAAGUCGUUCAGUAGGUUCAGAUACAAGUAAAAAUAGAGAUGAUGAAGCCAAAGAAGCAUCUGGCGAUGAAGAAGUGGAGGAUGAACAAGAGCCCGAAGGUGAGGAUUUGGUGGAUUCUGAGGAGUAUGAAGAAGACGAAGAAGAGGAGAGGCUGAGGAAGAAAAGAAAAAAGGACAGUCGUUAUGGUGGAUUCAUUAUUGACGAAGCUGAGGUGGAUGAUGAAGUUGAUGAAGAUGACGAAUGGGAAGAGGGAGCCCAAGAAAUGGGUAUUGUAGGAAAUGAAGUAGAUGAAAUUGGGCCAACAGCUAGAGAAAUUGAAGGUCGAAGAAGAGGCACUAACCUUUGGGAUUCACAGAAAGAGGAGGAGAUUGAAGAAUAUCUUCGAAAUAAGUAUGCAGAUGAAUCAGCAGCCCUCAGACACUUUGGUGAAGGUGGAGAAGAGAUGUCUGAUGAAAUAACUCAGCAAACUCUACUGCCUGGUAUCAAGGAUCCAAAUUUGUGGAUGGUCAGAUGUAGGAUUGGAGAAGAGAAGGCUACUGUUUUACUUUUGAUGCGAAAAUUUAUUGCUUUCCAAUUCUCGGAAGAACCUUUUUUGAUAAAGUCAGUUGUAGCACCAGAAGGAGUCAAAGGCUAUGUGUACAUAGAGGCUUUCAAGCAGACACAUGUUAAAAACAUUAUAGACAAAGUGGGAACCCUUAAGUCUGGAGUGUGGAAACAAGAAAUGGUGCCUAUUAAGGAAAUGACUGAUGUUCUCAGAGUAGUCAAAAAGCAAUCAGGACUUAAACCUAAACAAUGGGUCAGAUUAAAACGAGGUUUAUACAAAGAUGAUAUUGCUCAAGUUGACUAUGUAGACUUGGCACAGAAUCAAGUGCAUUUGAAACUACUUCCUAGAAUAGAUUAUACAAGACUGAGAGGAGCUUUAAGAACAGUACAGAGCGAUAGUGAAGCAGCAAAGCGAAAGAAAAAGAGAAGGCCUCCUGCUAAACCCUUUGAUCCAGAGGCAAUCCGAGCGAUCGGUGGAGAAGUUACUUCCGAUGGUGAUUUCCUCAUAUUUGAGGGCAAUAGGUACUCUAGGAAAGGAUUUCUGUAUAAAAACUUUACAAUGUCGGCGAUACUGUCAGAAGGUGUCAAGCCUUCACUUACAGAGUUGGAAAGAUUUGAAGAGCAACCAGAAGGUAUCGAUAUUGAGUUGGCUGCUCCCGCCAAGGACGACCCUGCCGGCUUGCAUUCCUUCUCCAUGGGUGACAAUGUGGAAGUCUGUACUGGAGAUCUUGCGAACUUGCAGGCCCGCAUCACUGCGAUCGACGGUUCGAUGAUCACUGUCAUGCCAAAACACGAUGGUCUUAAGGACCCAAUUGUCUUCCAUCCGAAUGAGUUGCGCAAGUACUUCAAAAUGGGUGAUCACGUGAAAGUGGUGGCUGGGCGUUACGAGGGCGACACAGGCCUCAUAGUGCGCGUCGAACCGCACAGGGUCGUGCUUGUUUCCGACCUCACCAUGCACGAGCUUGAGGUGCUGCCCCGUGACCUACAGCUCUGUUCAGACAUGGCGACUGGCGUUGACUCCCUCGGACAGUUCCAGUGGGGAGACAUGGUGCAACUGGAUCCACAGACCGUCGGAGUUAUCGUGCGCCUCGAGAAAGAGAACUUCCACGUGCUCGGCAUGCAAGGCAAGGUCAUCGAGUGCAAGCCGCAAGCGCUACAGAAACGCCGCGAGAACCGGUUUACAGUCGCGCUCGAUUCCGAGGAGAACACGAUUCAGAAGCGCGACAUCGUUAAAGUAAUCGACGGGCCGCAUGCCGGACGCGACGGUGAAAUCAAACAUCUCUACCGGAACUUCGCCUUCCUCCAGUCGCACAUGUACCUCGACAACGGCGGCAUCUUUGUGUGCAAGACGCGCCACCUGCAGCUGGCCGGUGGAGCCAGGGGAAAUAAUGCCACCGCCGCCGGACUCACGCUCGGCUUCAUGUCGCCGCGGAUAGCUUCUCCUGCACACCCAGGGGCCGGCAGGGGAGGCUCCACCCCUCGCGGCCGUGGGGGCCGAGGCGGCGGCGGAGGUCGAGGCGUCACUCGGGAUCGCGAGCUCAUUGGCCAAACCAUUAAGAUCACGGGGGGACCAUACAAGGGAAACGUCGGGAUCGUCAAAGACGCGACCGGCAGCACCGCGCGCGUCGAGCUGCACUCCUCCUGUCAGACCAUCUCCGUGGACCGCGGCCACAUCGCCGGGGCGGGGGCCGGAGCUGCGACCGGCGGGGCCUCGUCCUACUCGCGCACGCCGUCCCGCACGCCGGCCGCCGGCGCCGCUACCCCCACGUACCGCGACACGGGCAUCAAGACGCCUAUGCACGGCGCCGCUACACCCGUCUACGAGGUGGGCUCGCGCACGCCGCACUACGGGUCGUCGACCCCGGCGCACGAGGGGUCGCGCACGCCGGCGCACGGGGCCUGGGACCCGAGCGGUGCCGCCACCCCGGCGCGACCGGACUUCGACUACGAGCCGGACGCGUACGGCGCGGGACCGUUCACUCCGCAGACGCCGGGCGCCAUGUACGGCUCGGACCACACGUACAGCCCGUACAGUCCGGGCCGGUCGGAGGGCGAGUCGGCGGAGGCGGGUGCGUGGGCGGCACCAGAGCUCGUGGUGCGUCUGAGAGCGGGAGCUGCGGACGGUCUGGCCGCACAGACCGCGGUGGUCCGUGCGACCGGCGGGGGCUCGUGCGCGUUGUACUUACCGGCGGAGGAGCGAGUGGUGUCCGUGCCGCCGGACUUGUUAGAGCCGGUGCUGCCUCAGGCGGGAGAGCGCGUGAAGGUGAUCGCGGGAGAGGACCGGGACGCGGUCGGACAACUUAUCUCCAUCGAAAACCAAGAGGGAGUCGUCAAAUUCGGCACCGACGACAUCAAAAUCAUGCAACUACGUCAUCUUUGCAAGAUGGCCUCUUAAUUCUAUCGACCGGUAAAUACCUCACAAUUGUGUUAAUUGUAUUUUCAUCUUCUGUGGGAGACGUAAGUUGCUUAUGUUUUUCUCAAAUGAAGAAAUAACUAAAUAAAAAAAUGUAAAAUAUUCGAGUUUUUUAAUGAAAAAUUAGGAAUUAAUUAAAUGUGUAAUAAAAUUAAUCAGGCAGCCAUAAAUUAUUUACGAAAAACGGACGCUCCGAAUUGAAAACUCACUUUGUGAAUAGAAGUCGAGUAAAAAGAAAUCAAGAGCAACAACAACAAUAUCACAUUUAAAAUUUGGAAAAAAUCUAUCGAAAUACUCAGAUACUGCUGUUUGUUACAUAAAAAAUAGUGAAUAAAGUGUUAAUUCAAUUUACCAA